CUUCCAUUAACUUACACUCUUGUAUGCAAAAAUUCCCUACCAUUUCAAAGCAAUGGCUUCUAAUAGCAUUCUCAAGCUUAUAGCCAUUCUCACCCUUGCCGUUUCAAUCCUCUUAUCUCUCCAUCCUCAAGCAACCUUCUCAUUUCGAAUCGAAGACUUCGACGAAGAAGAAGAAGAAUACGUGCUUGAUCAUCCUCCCAUCAUCCCAAACCUUCGAUCUCGAAGCCGGUUCUUAACAACCUCACCGAAGAAAGAUAAGAUCAGGAAAGGUGCACAUUGCGUACACGACCCCUACCAAAACAUAUGCAACGUCAUUUCGGUGAACAACGGGACUGGCAUACUAUAUUGUUGCAAGACGCAUUGUCGAAACGUGCUUCGUGAUCGGAAUAACUGCGGAGUAUGCGGGAAUCGAUGCCAGUUCGGGCAACGUUGCUGUGGUGGGGUUUGUACGGAUGUUGUCAACAAUGUUAAUCAUUGCGGCAAGUGUGACAAACAAUGCUCAGCAGGAGUGAAGUGUGAGUAUGGAUAUUGUGGUUACGCUUGAUUAGAUUAAAUAUCAUAUAUAUAUAUAUAUAUAUAUAUAUAUUGAUUUUUAUCAAAUAUUCAAAAAGC